GACAAUUUUCGACAUGUACACAAACAAAUAAUAACAAGCGAAUGUUCGUUUGGGGUUUUAAAAGCGCCAUUUAAUUGUUUCGCUCAGGUCACUCUUCAAAAUUUCAACACUCUUGUUAACACAAACCAUGGAAACUCUGACCAUGCAAAUGCCCCGCUCGCCCCGCCCGCGGUCGAUUGUUGUGCAACCCAUCGAGCCAAUUGCGCUGGACAAGGCGCUGAGCUCGCCGCUGUUCCAGGAGCUGUCGAGCGACUGCUCUGCGCUCCGUUUGGCUGUCUUCAGCUGUCCGCUCGUGCAGCAACUCGCCGAAAUUGACCCCGAAAUUUACGACGACAUUGACGAGUGCCUCGCCGACCCCGCGUUCAUUGACGAGCUCGAGAGCCUGCUGUCCGACCCAAGUGCCAUCCGCACCCUUCUCGACGAGUACCAGGACGAGCUCUCCGACGAGUACGGCUGCCUCGCACUGCUGCUCUAACCCUCGGAACAAGCACACUAUUUUUUUGAUAUUUUUUUUCUUGGAUUGUUUUUUUUUUUUUUUUUUCGCCAUCGUUUCAAUUUUGCUUCCCCUGCUUUUCUAUCACUGGCUGAUAGAGCCUGUUUGUCUCCGCCUCUGAAAAGGCACGGCUACACUCAUCUUGGAGUGAUACGCCGGUGCCCUCUUGUUGUUGUUGUUGUUGCUUCUCAUUGCCUGUUGGCUUCGCUAUUGAGUUACGCGACAAAAAGCCGUUGUC